AUGGAUUUACAUUUAUUUUUAGCUUAUCCACGUGCUGAAUGUAGUUUUUUUGAAGAUUUACCACGAUUUACUACCGAUGCCAAACUUUUAUCCGCUGUCACUGCUAAGAUGGGUGGUAUAGAACUGCCAGCAAGAUCAUUAUACGUGCAAUAUGAUAAAGACACUGGUAAUGCAAUUGUUCUAGUAACAAAGUCCGCUAAAACAUGGACAACGGAAAUUGUCUUAACAAUUGACGGACGAAAAGUACCACAGGAAAAGACACUUGCUGAUCGAGUACUUGUCUCUCCUGUACCUCGUGGUUUUGAUGUGAAUCGUAUCAUCUGUCACGACUUAUUUGCAAAUCGAGUUAUUGAACACAAUCAUUUUAAUGAUCAGUUUAUUUUAGAACUCAAUAAUGUGGACAAUUAUAAGUAUUGUUUGGACAAAGGGCUUGUGAAAAUAGAUGGUACAAUGAUGGAAAUUAAACCAUAUGCUCUUAUUUUUGAUCCAGAAACCAUGGAUAUUCAUGCUGAAAACUGGUAUGAGACAGAUAUGCUCGAGAUCAAACCAGAUAUUAUGACACUACUACAUAAUCCUCAACAACAUCCAAUCUUUCAUUAUCAAUGGAAUGCUCAAAAUUGGAUUGAACAACUUCGAAAACUGGAGUCAACACAAUAG